AUGAAGGCCACUUUCGUUCUCUCUGCCAUCCUCGGCCUGGUUUCCUCAGCUUCGGCGCAUUACACCUUCGACAAACUCGUGAUCAACGGUGCUCAGCAGGGCGGUGACAAUACCUACAUUCGCAAGCACCAGAACAGCUACAUGCCCACCAAGUUCAAGAACAUCCCGUCCGGUUCCAUCUCGCCCACCGUUGCCGACUUCAGCUGCAAUAAGGGCGCCACCUCGGCCGCAAAGGUCUUCACCGUCAAGGCCGGCGACAAGGUCGGCCUCAAGCAGGCCUUUGGCGGCACCGGCAUGAUUCACCCCGGUCCCACCCAGGUCUACAUGAGCCCCGUCAGCAAUGCCGUCUCCGACAAGGGCACCGGCACCUGGUACAAGGUCUCCCAGUCCCUGCUGUGCAAGGCCGGCAGCGCCGAGUCCCUCCGCACCUCCGCCUGGUGCAGCUACGGCGAGGACAAUGUCCACUUCACCGUCCCCUCAACCAUCCCCAACGGCCAGUACCUCGUCCGCGGUGAGCACAUUGCUCUCCACGGUGCCCACAACGGUGAAGCCGAGUUCUACUACGCCUGCGCUCAGCUCGAGGUCACUGGAAACUCGGCGACCAGCAUGCCCGGCACUGGUGUCAAGAUUCCCGGUGUCUACAAGCAGACGGAUGCGGCGGUGAACUUCAGCCUUUGGGGCAGCUCCACGUCCUACAACACUAUUCCCGGACCCGACGUCAUCCCCGGCGGCACAACCCGCGGCAGCGCCAACGGAUCUUCCGGCGACAAGUCCAUCACAGUCGCUGGAGGAAGCCCCGUUUCAUCUGCUGUUGACGCCAAGGCUGAUUGCUAA